GUCCUGAGUCCUGUAAGCUCCAGCAGACAAGUUGUUCCUCGCUGUUUGGCUUCACUCAGACAAAGACAAGGAGCCAUGGCUGUGGCUAAUUUCCAAUACAUUACCCGGAUGAGCAGUGGCUUCAAGGUCUACAUUCUAGAAGGUCAGCCCCACCUCAGGAGCGAAGACAGAUACAGACAUAUCGCAAAUGAUCGCGCUCGAGUCCCCACAGUGCUUCCAGUCAAACGCAAGCGAAGCCACGAGAGAGGUCUCACAUUGGAGGAAAGGCGAGAGCGGGUCCUGAGCAGAAGCAGUGGCAAAGCUGCCCAGAGAGCAGCACCAAUGGUGUUCAACGGGCCACAGAGUCCCACAUCUACCUGGAGUCCGACACCCAGCCCUCUGCCCACCCACAUGUACUACGCACCAGUCAUGGAUGAACCACUCGCCCUCAUCAAGAAACCAAGAAAAGACCCUGAAUGCACAGAGGAAAAGACUAAAAGCCCUGCUCCCGCUCAGAUCCAGAUGCGUCCUUCUGUGAUCACUUGCGUUUCCUCAUCGACGAACCCCUCUUGCAGAUCUGAGAUCCACAGGAGCCCCACAUCAGUGAUUUCCAGACGCAAAUAUGACCAUGUCGUUGAGGAACAUUUCCAGAGGAGCCUCGGAGUGAACUACCAGAAAGCUCGCUCCCAGCAGCUCUCCAUCAGCGUGUCUGUCGAUGACCACUUUGCCAAGGCUUUGGGAGACAAGUGGCUGCAGAUCAAAUCCAAGUCUUCCUCCUGUUCUUCCACACCUCCCAGCAGCCCAAGUGUCACUCACUCCCCCACUUACAGCCACAGCCCGAAUCAGUCCCGCAAAGAGUCCACCAGCAGGUCAUCGUCGACUUCCAGCCGCUGGUCUGUCAAUUAAAUCAGAAACAACCUCUAAUAUGGGAGGAAACUGUGACUUUUUACUUUUCACUGCGUGCAGCUCUGAUUGGCGCGCAAUGGAAAUGCCAGUGCUAGUGUUUGUGAGCCAGCAGAUUCAGUCCUGUCACGUUGGACCUCUGUGUCCAAAUGUAAGACACAUUGAUGCAGACGAAUGUAGCAAUAGAUGGGAUGUCCGUGUUUUAUUACAUUUCUACCUUCUGCUUGUCGAUAGCAUCUGAAUACCUGAGAUACUGUUGAUGGUGAUAAGGGAUGAUUGAAAAAUCAGCCAAAUAAUCCUAAACAUUUCUUUGAUUUUGUGACGUUUUUUUUUUAAUGCCGUCUGAAUGCCACAAUUUCGUUGUAUUAUAUUUAUGUUGUGAUAACACUUGGGUUCCUUAUAGUCUAAAUGACUCGCCUAUCUGCUGUAUAAUAUGCUUAUCAGCUGUAUACAAAUAUUUUAAAAAAGACUUUGAAAAAAUAAAAAUGUUAAAGAUU